UGGAAGAUAUUAUUUGGAUAACCGGAGGGAAGUCGCUCACUUGUGGACUCAAGCUGGCAUUUGGGACUUUCAGAUAAAUGCGGCUGGUUGCUCAUAAGAAUGGAAGAUAUGAAAGAUCUUCAAACACGGAGUGAUUGGAAGGAUGGAGUGGAGCUCCCAGAUAACAGGCGAAGGAAGUGUCUGUUAGAGGCGAGCCACUUUAGGAAUUGCCCAGCAUUCUCCAGCAAACAGGGAAGCAGCAGAAAACUGGAGUAACAGAUUUUCAGCUCAAGCAACUGGCUUCAAGAUGGCGCAGAGUCCUACUGGUGAUAAUUUACCUUUGCGGCAGUACAGCAUUCAGUAUCAGCCUUCUCCAUCUCCGCUGACAAGCCAGGCCAGCCCCAUCACGAGUCCACCUCCAGAGAGUGCGUCCUCCAUACCACUCUCGCAAGUCGAUACAGAGUCGGCUGCGAGCUUGUCCUGGAAAGAUGUCACUGUGAGUUUUGAGCAGCGCAGUUCGUCCCCUCAGGUCGUCUUGGAUGGAGUCGCAGGGUAUGCAGAGCCAUACAGAAUGCUUACUAUCAUGGGUCCUUCUCAAUCCGGGAAAUCUACUCUACUUCGAGCGCUUUCCGGGAGGCUAUGUCGCAAAGCAAAGUACCAAGGCGACAUUCGAAUCAAUGGAAGAAGGCAGCAGCUCACAUAUGGCACUUCUACGUUUCUCACUCCGGACGAUGAAGUUCUUCCAGACAGUCUUACCGUCAAAGAACACCUUAUUCUGUCUGCGUUUUUGCGACUUCCGUCUAACCUUCCCCGUAAAGAGAAGUUGGCGGUGGCAGAGCACGUAAUGUCAGAAAUGGGUCUCACUGAGUUGGCUUACAGAUAUGUUAGAAAGUGCCCUCACAAGGGAAUCAGUGGGGGUGAAAGAAGACUUGUCAACCUUGCAGUGGAGCUGCUUAUUGGUCCCAGCUUGAUUUACUUUGAUGAUGCAUUCAAAGGCCUGGAGGGAGCUUCUGUGCUCUCCUUGCUUAUCAAGCUGAAGGGAUUGGCCAGAGGUGGAGCUACUGUCAUUAUGUGCACUGAGCAUGUCUCGAGCCAGGUUUAUGAACUUCUGGAUGAUUUGUGCUUGCUAAGCAAUGGGAAAAUGGUGUUUUUUGGUGACAACAUCGCAGCAGUGGAGCAUUUCUCCACGGCGGGAUUUCCUUGCCCCCCUAAUCAUAAUCCUAGUGAUCACUUCCUUUAUACGAUCGGUGCCGAAUUCGAGAAGCUUCGUGCUCCAUUUCUUUACGUUCAGGACGCGGAAAAAGCUGAAGCUUUUGCAAAGGAGGACCAUCACCAGAUAGUUAAUUUCCUAUCAGCGUCCUAUCAAGGUUCCGAUUUCAAUGCAGCAUUGGUCUCUAAAGUUAAUAUGCUUGUCAAGAAGAAAGGAGGAGUACUGGUGAACAGGAUAAAGCGCCCUGCCUCACGCUCUGAAUUUUUCACUCUAAGCUACAGAUCGUUGCUGAACACAACGAGAGCUCUUGGAUUUUAUUGGAUCCGGAUACUUCUCUCGUUCCUGUACAUGCUUUCAAUCGGCACAAUUUUCCUGAGGCUGGAUCACUCGAAGAGCUCUAUAGAGGCCAGAGCAGCGUGCAUCUUUCUCGCUCUCGAAGGAAUGAUGUUCCUGUCUGUUGGAGGCGUGCCUUACAUGUACAACGAGGUCAAGAUGCACGUGAGAGAAAUGGUUAAUUGUCACUACGGCGUCGCCAACUUCGUCGUUGCCAACUCAAUCGCGUCGCUUCCAUUCCUGUUACUCAUCUCCCUCGUCCCGCUUUGCAGCAUGUACUUCCUGGCGGGUCUCCACUCUGGAGCACUCAAGUUCAUCUACUUCGUCGUCAACUUGUACCUCAGCUUGAUCGUCAGCGAGAGCCUCAUGAUGGCCAUCUCUUGCAUUGUUCCAAACGCCUACACUGGAAUGAUAAUAGGAUCGUGCGUCCAGGUGCUGUUCAUGCUGGUCGGAGGAUACGUUCGUCACGACAACAAUCUGCCGAAGGCGUUUUGGAAGUAUCCAUCGUCUUACAUUUCGUUCCAUGCACACUCGCUGCGGGUAAAAAGAUUUCUUCCAGGAUUCCAAGGAUUGUUGAUGUGUGGGUUACUUUCACAGGGAAUGUUUCAAAACGAGUUCCUGGGGUCUCGCUACGGUGGUCACACUGGAGCUUACAUUGUCUACGGCGAGUACAACUUUCCCGCAAGCCCCGGAAAGUGGUGGAGCCUUCUCAUUCUCGCCGGGAUGGCAAUUUUCUACCGGACGCUGUCUGUAGUGUUGAUCCGCCUCUCGUAUAGAGUUCGUUCCUUGACGAGGACGUGUAUAGCGACUGGAAAAACUUGAGAAGAAUAAUAUGGACGAGAGAACCUUUACUUAA